UGUCUUUGUUCAAUAUUUGAUAAACAACAAGGAUGAAAUGAUUUUGUGAGCGCCGUAAGCAGCUGUAAGCGCCAAACGAAACGCAGCCUGUAUUGCGAGUUUCGUAUAACGUGAAGCGUGAAGCGACUACGAAACAAUGGCAGAAGAAAAAAGUGACAGUCCAAAUGACAAGCCAGAGCAGACGGAGACUGCUGAGGAAAAGAAAAUCAAGUCUGAUGAGAAGCUGAAGCAAAGAUCUAAGCAGGAUGAAGCAGCGGAGAAAACUAAUGUACAGAGUAACAACAACGAAAGUGGAAAUUGUUAUUGCGGCAAGGAAAGGAAUCUAAACAUUGUGGAAUUACUUUGUGCUAGUUGCUCUCGCUGGUUCCAUGAAUCCUGCAUUGGAUACCAGUUGGGCAAGCUGGUACCGUUCAUGAUGAACUAUGUAUUUGUGUGCAAAAAUUGUUCGCCAACUGGAUUGGAAAGCUUUAAGAAGAACCAGGCGCCAUUUCCUCAGAUGUGUGUAACAGCGAUCGCAAACCUACUGCAGACGUGCCAAAAGGAGAAUGAGCAGAAGACUCUUUUCCACAAGGACAAGGACAUCAUACCAUUCAUUGAUUGUCAUUGGGAGAGCAUGACUACAAUGCCUCGCAGAGCUACUCAGUCCUGGCAUGCUACGAUCCAUAGAGCGCUCCUUAAAGACAUCGGCAUACUGUUUACGAUGGACGAAAGUACGUCUGAGGGUCAGCUGUUCGGACUGGCGAGCUUUGAGCUCACGUCAAUUAAACCGAAUUACGAAGCAAUGAUCAAGAAUGGUCACCUCCGAGCAACAGAGAUGGGCAUACAGCACGUUGUGCCACUUAGCGGAGGAUUGCGAGGUCGUAACGCCAAGCGAAAGCUCCCAGGUGAAGCUGCGGGUACGGGUUCCGGGAAAAAGGGCAGAGGAUCCGACAUGACCACUCCUAAGCUGCCGGCUCAUGGUUAUCCACUCGAGCAUCCCUUCAACAAGGACGGCUAUAGAUACAUUUUAGCAGAACCGGAUCCUCACGCGCCUUUCCGACAGGAAUUUGACGAAAGCAGCGAUUGGGCUGGUAAACCUAUACCUGGAUGGCUCUAUCGCGCUCUCAGUCCGAGUACGGUUUUACUUGCAUUGCAUGAUCGUGCGCCGCAGCUCAAAGUAGCUGAAGACAGAUUGGCGGUCACUGGAGAAAAAGGAUAUUGCAUGAUCAGAGCCACGCAUAGCGUAAGCAGGGGUUCUUGGUACUGGGAAGCCACGAUUGAAGAGAUGCCAGAGGGAUCUGCGACAAGACUCGGAUGGGGACAGGAAUACGCAAAUUUGCAAGCUCCGCUUGGUUACGACAAGUUCGGCUACUCAUGGAGAUCUAGAAAAGGAACACGAUUUCACGAAAGCCGUGGCAAGCAUUAUAACGAUAGUUAUGGCGAGGGUGAUACCUUGGGUUUCCUCAUAGUUCUUCCGGACACUCACGAUGCAUCACACAUUCCGAAUACUUAUAAAGACAGACCCUUAGUAAAAUUCAAGAGUCAUUUGUAUUACGAGGAGAAGGAUCAAGUGCAGGAAGCCUUAAAAGCUCUACGUCCUUUAGAAGGCAGUAAGAUUGUAUAUUACAAAAACGGAAUCAACCAAGGUAAUGCUUUCAUAGAUGUCAACAAAGGCGCUUAUUACCCAGGGAUUUCUCUCUACAAAAGUGCGAUGGUGUCCGUGAAUUUUGGACCAAAUUUUAAAUAUCCUCCAAUGGAUGUUACGUUUAGAGGCAUGCACGAGAAGGCGGAGGAAGCGAUAGCCGAGCAAUCAAUGGCGGAUAUACUUUAUCUUACCGAAAACGAAGGCAAAUUAAGACUGGAUACAUUCGUGUUGUGACAUUAGUGCAUCUUUUUAUUUUCGUCAUUUUCGUUAUGUACGUUAUGCAGUUGUUACUGAUUGCAGGGAUUGGCACAACAAUACAUGGCCUAAUUAAAGAAAAAAA